UUGUUUUGUAUGUUUUGUAUGUUUCUGCUGACAUUUAUAUUAAGUUCUGUCGCGCUGCUCUUGGCGGUUGGUGGUUACCAUAGCAACCGGUAACCGACGGCUCCGCCCCCUUUUUUCCGUUCGCCGUUCUGUAACUGUGGUACGUACUGGGACCAGCUCUGUGUUUUCUUUACAAGUAUUACAUUUUAACAUAGUUUAGACAAAUGUAAUAACAUUCAUAUUUAUCUGUUUUCAUUAUUAGCUAUGUUUAAUUUUACAACUGCUAACUGCCGUUAGCUAGCAGCUAACAGCAGCUAACAGCAGCUAAUAGCUCAUUGGGAUUUAUUGCUCUGUACUUUGUUCAGGGUUAUUUAUUGUAUUUUAUUUAAUGUACAGAAGCUGCUGGACUGAUGUUAACCACCAUCUUGAUUUCCUCUUUUCUUAGAAUAAAUCCAGUGAACCUGAGUUCAACCUGCUGGACUGUGGCGAACAUAGAGGGGUUACAUGUGUAACCAAAUUGAGUUCCCCAAACUUAAUCUAUUGUGCGCUUCACAUGUCGACCAUUAAAACAACGCCCCGCUCCGCCCCGCCCCGGUCCGACCCGCCCCGGCCCGCUGCCAGCUGUUUCUGGCUUUGGCAGCAGAGAGAGGAGAGGAGGACGAGGCCGCCGGUCGGAGUCAUGAAGCGGCAGCUGGAGAUCGCCGCCCUCGGCGUGGCCGCCGCAGGUUGGCUGGCCGCCGUCCUCACUCGCUGCCUGGCGCUGUGGACGGUCAGCGGGACGCUCAACAACCAGACAGCCAGCCUGCCUGCCUACUGGGAUGGGGUGUGGCUACAGUGGGAUCACUGGGAUCUGGCCCACGAUGGCAGCCUGCACUGCUCUUUCUACCAAUCCCUGAUGUCUCUUUCUGGAAGUUUUCGCACGUGGAGGGCUCUCAUCAUGGCCGCCAUUGGAGUCGGGGGCUUCGCCAUGGUGGUCGGAGUAGUGGGGCUGGUUUGGUUCCCCGGGAGGGGCCAGAUCAAGGUGUUUUCUGGGAGUUUUUUCAUCGUGGCUGGGAUCCUGUUGCUGGUUCCCACAGCCUGGACGUGCCACCACACCAGCCAGCCACUAGAGGGCGCGGUGCCGCUCAGGAGAGACUGGGGACCUGCUCUGUACCUCGGAUGGAUCUCCUUCGCGUUGAUGCUGGUCGGUGGGGUAAUUCUGACCACCAGAUGCCCCACCGCUGGGGUGCAGGAGGGGCAGCCUGGCGGCGGCAUGAGCCCGGAUGAGGAGGCCAGCAACCCGCUGAGCACCAUCAACAGAACCGCGUUCACAAACAGCCAAUACAACCGCAGGUCACCGCCCAUCUGACAGAACUGGACCGCACAGCAGAACCAAUGACAAGUGAAAUUAAUGCUCUCAGGAAAACUUCUGACUGCACUUUUUUUUUUUUUAAGAUAUAAAGGGUUAGAAUGAACUUAAAUGAGCAGAACUCCACAUACUUUAUUAACAGGGGUGAUUUUUGCUGUGUUUUCUUCUACUUUAACAAACUAUUUGCCUUUUUGUUUAUUAUUUCUACCCUAGUAAAACAAAACAGUGACUUGUUCUACUUGCUUCAUACAACGGCUCUCGGAUAUUGAGAAACGAUCAACGAUCAUUUCCUGGACGCAUUUCCACUACAGAUGUGCGCAAAACUCAAUAUUCCCGUAAUGUAAAAAAAAAAAAAAAA